CCACACUAUCCAGAAGGUAAUAAUGAAGGAAAAACUUUGAGAGAUGGCGACCUUCCUGCUUCAAAGAAGAAACGCCAGGCAGGGGAGAAGAUUAUGUACACUUUGGUCUCUGUGCCACAUGGAAAUGACAUUGCAUCUCUCUUUGAACUGGAUGCCACCACUCUUCAGAGAGCUGAUUGCCUGGUUCCAAGGAACUCAUAUGUCCGACUGAGGCAUUUGUGCACUAACACUUGGGUCACUAGUACCAGCAUUCCAAUAGAUACUGAUGAAGAGAGGCCUGUGAUGUUAAAGAUUGGGACGUGCCAAACAAAAGAGGACAAAGAAGCUUUUGCCAUUGUGUCAGUUCCUCUCUCUGAGGUCAGAGACUUGGACUUUGCCAAUGACGCAAAUAAGGUUCUGGCAUCAACUGUUAAAAAGCUGGAGGAUGGAACAAUAACCCAGAAUGAAAGGAGGUUUGUAACCAAGUUACUGGAAGAUCUCAUUUUCUUUGUUGCUGAUGUGCCUAAUAAUGGGCAGGAAGUUUUGGAUGUGGUGGUCACCAAAGCAAACCGGGAACGACAGAAAUUAAUGAGAGAACAAAAUAUAUUGGCUCAGGUAUUUGGCAUUCUCAAAGCUCCUUUUAAGGACAAAGGUGAAGGGUCGAUGCUGAGGCUUGAAGACCUGGGUGACCAGAGAUAUGCUCCAUACAAAUACAUGUUAAGGUUAUGUUACAGAGUUCUCAGACACUCCCAGCAGGACUAUAGGAAGAACCAGGAGUAUAUUGCUAAGAACUUCUGCGUCAUGCAGUCCCAGAUUGGCUAUGAUAUCCUGGCAGAAGACACCAUCACAGCUUUGUUGCACAACAACAGAAAACUGCUAGAGAAACACAUCACAGCUAAAGAAAUCGAGACAUUUGUUAAUUUGCUCAGGAGAAAUCGAGAGCCAAGAUUCUUGGAUUACCUAUCAGACCUGUGUGUAUCUAACACCACAGCAAUACCAGUAACUCAGGAACUCAUCUGCAAGUUUAUGCUGAGCCCAGGGAACGCUGACAUCCUCAUUCAGACCAAGCUGGUUUCCACACAAAUGGACAAUCCCUUGGAAUGCCCAGUCAUCUCGGAUGACAUUGAUGAAGAGGAAGUGUGGCUUUACUGGAUUGACAGUAACAAGGAGCCUCAUGGCAAAGCCAUCAGGCAUCUGGCUCAGGAGGCAAAGGAGGGCACAAAAGCUGAUUUAGAAGUACUUACCUACUACAGGUAUCAACUGAAUCUCUUUGCAAGAAUGUGCCUGGACCGCCAGUAUCUUGCCAUCAACCAGAUUUCUGCCCAGCUGUCAGUAGACCUGAUCCUGCGGUGCAUGUCUGAUGAAAGUCUCCCUUACGACCUCCGGGCUUCCUUCUGUCGGCUCAUGCUGCACAUGCACGUGGACAGAGACCCUCAAGAAUCUGUGGUACCUGUCAGAUAUGCCAGAUUGUGGACUGAAAUUCCUACUAAGAUCACCAUUCAUGAGUAUGAUUCUUUCACAGACUCUUCAAGGAAUGAAAUGAAGAGGAAGUUUGCCUUAACUAUGGAAUUUGUGGAAGAGUACUUGAAAGAAGUUGUAAAUCAGCCCUUUCCUUUUGGAGACAAAGAGAAAAAUAAACUUACAUUUGAGGUGGUACAUCUGGCUCGAAACCUCAUAUACUUUGGCUUUUAUAGUUUCAGUGAGCUUCUCAGACUGACCCGGACGCUGCUGGCCAUUCUAGAUAUUGUUCAAGUUCCUAUAUCAUCAUACUUUGAAAGGUUGAGCAAGUUUCAGGAUGGAGGAAACAAUGUUAUGAGGACCAUCCAUGGUGUAGGAGAGAUGAUGACCCAAAUGGUGCUGAGCAGAGGAUCUAUAUUUCCCCUCAGUGCCCCUGAUGCACAGCCAAGCAUUCACCCAAGCAAGCAAACCAGCACCUCAGACAGUGAAGAUGUGAUCGUCAUGGACACCAAAUUGAAAAUCAUUGAGAUUUUGCAGUUUAUUCUCAGUGUUAGACUGGACUAUAGAAUAUCCUACAUGUUGUCUAUCUAUAAGAGAGAGUUUGGGGAAAACAAUGAAAAUGUUGAUUGCUCUUCAGCAUCCCCGCCUGGCACACCAGGGAUUGCCUCAGCAAUUGUUCCUGACAUAGAUGAAAUUGCAGCUCAGGCUGAAACCAUGUUUGCUGGCAGAAAGGAGAAGAAUGCAGUUCAGCUCGAUGACGAAGGGGGUAGAACAUUCUUACGGGUCCUCAUUCACCUCAUCAUGCACGACUACCCCCCUUUGCUCUCAGGUGCUCUGCACCUGCUAUUCAAGCACUUCAGCCAGAGAGCAGAAGUUCUACAAGCCUUUAAACAGGUUCAGUUGCUGGUGUCAAAUCAAGAUGUUGAUAACUACAAGCAAAUCAAAGCUGAUCUCGAUCAACUGCGUCUGACUGUAGAAAAAUCAGAACUGUGGGUUGAGAAGAGCAGCAAUUAUGAGAGUGGAGAGGGGGGUGACAAUCAAACCAAAGGAGGAGAAGAACCAAUAGAGGAGUCAAAUAUUUUGAGUCCAAUACAGGAUGGGACCAAAAAACCCCAGAUAGACAGCAAUAAAAGCAAUAACUACAAUAUCGUUAAAGAGAUUUUGAUUCGACUCAGCAAACUCUGUGUUCAGAAUAAGAAGUGUCGGAAUCAACAGCAGCGAUUGCUGAAAAACAUGGGUGCCCACUUGGUAGUCUUGGACCUCCUGCAGAUACCCUAUGAAAAGAGCGAUGAGAAGAUGAAUGAAGUUAUGAAUCUAGCCCACACUUUCCUUCAGAAUUUCUGUCGAGGAAAUCCUCAGAAUCAAGUUCUCCUCCACAAAAAUCUCAACUUGUUCUUAACUCCAGGGCUCCUGGAAGCUGAAACCAUGCGGCACAUCUUCAUGAACAAUUACCUGCUGUGCAAUGAGAUCAGUGAGAGGGUGGUGCAGCACUUCGUGCACUGCAUCGAGACCCACGGCCGGCACGUGGAGUACCUGCGCUUCCUGCAGACCAUCGUCAAGGCUGACGGCAAGUACGUCAAGAAGUGCCAGGACAUGGUGAUGACAGAGCUGAUAAACGGUGGUGAAGAUGUGUUGAUCUUCUACAACGACAGGGCAUCCUUCCCAGUCCUGCUGCAGAUGAUGUGUUCAGAGCGAGACCGAGCAGACGACAGUGGGCCCUUGGCCUAUCACAUCACUCUGGUGGAACUGCUGGCAGCUUGCACAGAAGGAAAGAAUGUGUACACAGAGAUCAAGUGCAACUCACUCCUGCCACUGGAUGACAUCGUGAGAGUAGUGACCCAUGAUGACUGCAUACCUGAGGUGAAGAUUGCCUAUGUGAAUUUUGUUAACCACUGUUACGUGGACACUGAGGUGGAAAUGAAAGAAAUCUAUGCCAGUAACCAUAUUUGGAAGUUAUUUGAAAACUUCCUUGUUGAUAUGGCAAGGGUUUGUAACACUACCACAGAUCGUAAACACGCAGACACAUCCCUGGAGAAAUAUGUCACUGAGCCUGUCAUGAGCAUUGUGAGUGGCUUCUUCAAUUCACCAUUUUCAGACAACAGCACCAGUCUCCAGACACACCAGCCUGUUUUUAUUCAGCUGCUGCAGUCUGCUUUUAGGAUUUACAACUGUACCUGGCCAAACCCAACGCAGAAGGCCUCAGUGGAGUCAUGUAUCAAGACUUUGGCUGAAGUGG